ACUGAACGUCUUUAGAGGGUGAAUAAUCCAUCUGGAUGAGCUCCUGCAGUCUUUUGACAACAUGUCCAAGCAAGCAGGAGAAACCGCAUCACUGCGCUUCGGCCAGGUGGUCAUUGGACCCCCAGGUUCUGGUAAAACCACUUACUGCCGAGGAAUGCAGGAGUUCCUCAGUAGCCUCGGACGGAAGGUGGUUGUGGUGAACAUGGACCCUGCCAAUGAAGGUCUUCCAUACCCCUGUGCGGUAGAUGUCUCAGAGCUGGUCACGCUGGAUGAUGUCAUGGAAGGUUUAAAACUUGGCCCUAACGGUGGCCUCCUCUACUGUAUGGACUAUUUGGAAGCCAAUCUGGACUGGUUAGAAAGCAAACUUAAACAGCACAGCGACUCUUACUUCUUGUUUGACUGCCCGGGACAGGUGGAACUCUACACCCAUCAGAGUUCAGUCAAGAAUAUAUUCUCACAGCUGUCCAGGUGGAACUUCAGGCUGACAGCAGUGCACCUUGUGGACUCUCAUUACUGCGCUGAUCCAGCCAAGUUCAUCUCUGUGCUGUGCACAUCUCUGUCCACCAUGUUGCAUGUUGAGCUUCCCCAUGUCAGUGUCCUUUCCAAGAUGGACCUGAUUGAACAGUACGGCAAAUUGGCUUUCAACCUAGACUUCUACACAGAAGUUAUGGACCUGAACUAUCUCCUCGAUCACUUGGCUGCAGACCCAUUCUUCAAAAAAUUCCGCCGUCUCAAUGAGAAGUUGGCGGAGGUCAUACAAGACUACAGUCUCGUCUCCUUUGUUCCUCUCAACGUACAGGACAAAGACAGCAUGAUUCAGGUCUUACGGACAGUUGAUAAGGCCAAUGGCUACUGCUUUGGAGACCUUGAGGAAAGGAAUUUGCAGGCUAUGAUGUCAGCUGCUGUGGGGGCAGACUUCCAGUUCAACUUUACUCUCGGAGUGCAAGAGCGGUACGUGGAAACUGGUGGGAAGACUGUGGAGGAGGAAAUGAUGGAUCUGUAAACUGAAAAGCCCAAAUAAAAGGACAACACUGCCAUUUUUUUUAGCACUCGUUCAUUGGGAGAUUCUUGGCAACAUCCAUUGCGCUUGGCUUGAAUUCAGAUGCCACAAAAGCACUGGAGAGGCAUGAAAUACCUCUAGCUGCUGUGUAGAUCCUUUAAGGUUACACCACAUGAAAAGUUCGCAUCUGAACAAACAGCUGAACUUUGCUUUCUUUGCUUUUUUUCCCCUCCAUGUUCAUGUGGGGUCCAAUGUCUGGGUACUACUGAGCUGUAUUUGAGGGUUCAUUGUCUUGCACAAUGAAACUUUGGUAUUCAGCAGCACACAGGAAUUAGAACCACCAACCUUGAGGUUAAUGGAUAACUGACUCCACCAACUGGACUAUUUAUAAUCUCAGCUCUAAUAUGUACUUUCAUUUGUAGGUGUCAGUGUUUUGUUUGAUCCAUUUUCCACUGUGCUUUUUGUAGACUUCAACAAUGAAAUCCACUCACUCA